UCCAUGAUUACAAUGUGUUUGUUCAAACUGUGAUCUACUUUUCGUACGUUUUCUAGAAGGGAUGCUCAACCUUUGGAUAAAAUAUAUCACGGAUGUGAAAUUUAGUUUUAGUGUGAUUAAAUAAGUUUUUAAUAUGUUUAAAUGUCUGAGACAAGAAUGAACGAAAUGAAGAAGGUUUGACAUACGAUCAAAUACCUUUAUGAAAUAUGGUUUAAUAAUUGGAAGUUUAAAGAACAUUGUCCUUUCUGAAUGGAAUUAUUUGUUCAACUGAGACAUUGGCUGUUGUAUGUGAUAAAAACAAUGGAUGUGGAUUGAAACAGGUGAUGACAGUACUGGAAACUUUUGCUGAAAUAUAAAAUACAUCACUUUAAUCCGGCUGAAGACAGCUUCCUCAUCAUGAAGACAAGUGCAGUAUUGGUUUUAUCGGUAAUGUUCCACUUUGACUGUAUCCGGGUGCAGCAGUCGGCAAACGUAUUCAUGGUUCUGGCCAACAGCCCCCAGCCCAUACAGGGAGCCGCCUACUCCAGCAUUACAGCUAAUAUUUCCAUAAAUGGUAGGAGAUCCGAUGUGCGGAGGAAUGCCAACUUGAUUGAUUUAAUACAUUAUAUAGAGCCAACGACCCACCCUUCGAUCCAGAUAGGUUACAAGACGGCUCCCGGCACGAUACAAGUAUCCUGGGCACCACUCAUUCCUCAUGCAAACUACAGCAUCUGUCUGAUGGAACAACGAAAUGAGCAAAAUUAUAUAUGCUUGAAACGGGAGUAUAGAGUUGGUGUGACCAGCAUUACGUUUGUAAACGUGCCAGGUGGAAGGUACACAAUAUUGAUCGGCACUAAUCUUACACAACACUCUGAUCAGUGGGAAACUGUAGCCUUCAAUGUGUCAGAUCCGACACCUCCACCUUCUGCUCAGUCGAAUCAGAAUGUGAUUGUCAUAGCAACCAUUAGCUGCCUGGUUGUUGUCAUGGUAACAACUGCUCUCAUCUACUGCUUCAGGAGAAAUAGGACAGUGCCUAUCCCAGUUUGGCGGAAGAUUUUCCCGUGUUGCUGCAACCAGUACCAUGCACCUCCCACUGCCCCUAACAACGUACAGGAGAUCGACAUGUCUGGCCAAGUACAAGAAUUAGAAAUAAAGCCGCUGUACGUUCCUGUAUCCAAGGAGUAUCAAGAUGCCAUUGAGUCAGUGUGCAUGUACCUCCAGACCUGGGCCCACUGCAGCAUUAACUGGCAAAGCCUCGGCUCAUUUGAUAGCUUGCUCUCACAGCUAGAAACAGUCAGCACAAAUGUGGUGUUUGUUAUUUUCUUACACAAGGGCUUCGACAAAUUUAUGAACAACGAGAGUAUAUCCCAUCAAGAACCAGCGUAUGAAAAGUUCCAGAGGUUGUUAGUGAAAAUUAAGGGGAAAGAAUUCAGGAAAAUUAUAGUAAGUUUUGAUAAGGAUUCAUGUCAAGACUUGUCUCCCUUGUCUGGAACUCAGCAUGUCAGAUUGGUCCCAGAUAUUUCUUCUUUUACGACAGAUUUGAACACACUGCUUGCAGCCAUCUGUUCAAAACCUAAGCCUGGCUGGUUCCAAAAUUCAGAAUGUUCAAAUAUGGUUUCAAAGAUAAGUUCAUACAUAGUGUCAAGUUUAUUUCUUGGAAAAUGUCAAGGCCAUUGUGUUCAGAACUGUACAGCACCCAGAAGCACAAAUUGUGAACUGGCUUGUAAUGAAGAUAUAGGGAAUUUUAAAUCAUUGCCAGCCUACCAUUCCAAAGAAUUCAAGGAUUUGCGUGUUAAGGAAUGGACAGAGGAACAGAAUAGACAAAAGCUUGCGCAGCUAGCAUGUACAACUCAUGACUUGGAAGAGGAAGAUGAGAUGGACAGUGCUAGCCAGUGUAUAAGGUCAGAGGCAUUGGACCUUGACCCUUCACAUCUUGACUGGCAGGCUCCAGUCACAGAUGAGGAGGCUCUGAGUGUCACUACUACAAAUAUAGAGAAGGCGGUUGAAAGAAUUAAUAUUAACUAUGAUAAAACAUAGAUGAUACAUAUUAUUAUUAACAGAUGAUUUUGUUUGUAUGAUUGGCUAAGUACUUUGCCUUGUUGCCAUUAUAUGCUUUGCGUUGUUUGUAUUUUGUCUAAUACUGUAGUAAGUUAAAGCUUUUCCAUUGUUCAUCUUAAAUUUAAUUAUAUUAUACCCGUACAAAACAUAGUUUUGGGGGAAUAUAUAGGAGUGAGCAUGUACGUGGGUCAAUCUGUUGGUCAGUUGUUUUUGUCCAGACGAUGGCUCAUGAAAUGGAUGACUAACUUAUAUGAUUUUUGGUACACAAAUUCAAUAAAACAUUGGUUACAAUCUUGUAAUCGGUAAUUGAUAUUUUUCAUAAAUGCAUUAUUUAGUAAGAAGUUAAGCUACACUAAGGUAGAAGGGGUUGAACAACAGCAUACACUAAGGCAGAAGGGGUUGAACCAUAGCAUACACUAAGGAAGAAGGGGUUGAACCAUAGCAUACACUAAGGCAGAAGGGGUUAAACCAUAGCAUACACUAAGGCAGAAGGGGUUAAACCAUAGCAUACACUAAGGCAAAAGUUGUUGAACCAUAGCAUACACUAAGGCAAAAGUUGUUGAACCAUAGCAUACACUAAGGCAGAAGGGGUUAAACCAUAGCAUACACUAAGGCAGAAGGGGUUGAACCAUAGCAUACACUAAGGCAGAAGGGGUUGAACCAUAGCAUACACUAAGGCAGAAGGGGUUGAACCAUAGCAUACACUAAGGCAGAAGGGGUUGAACCAUAGCAUACACUAAGGCAGAAGGGGUUGAACAACAGCAUACACUAAGGCAGAAGGGGUUGACGCAUAGCAUACACUAAGGCAGAAGGGGUUGAACCAUAGCAUACACUAAGGCAGAAGGGGUUGAACCAUAGCAUACACUAAGGCAGAAGGGGUUGACGCAUAGCAUACACUAAGGCAAAAGGGGUUGACGCAUAGCAUACACUAAGGCAGAAGGGGUUGACGCAUAGCAUACACUAAGGCAGAAGGGGUUGAACCAUAGCAUACACUAAGGCAGAAGGGGUUGAACCAUAGCAUACACUAAGGCAGAAGGGGUUGAACCAUAGCAUACACUAAGGCAGAAGGGGUUGAACAAUGGCAUACACUAAGGCAAAAGUUGUUGAACCAUAGCAUACACUAAGGCAGAAGGGGUUGAACCACAGCAUACACUAAGGCAGAAGGGGUUGAACCAUAGCAUACACUAAGGCAGAAGGGGUUGAACCACAGCAUACACUAAGGCAGAAGGGGUUGAACAAUGGCAUACACUAAGGCAAAAGUUGUUGAACCAUAGCAUACACUAAGGCAGAAGGGGUUGAACCAUAGCAUACACUAAGGCAGAAGGGGUUGAACCAUAGCAUACACUAAGGCAAAAGUUGUUGAACCAUAGCAUACACUAAGGCAGAAGGGGUUGAACCAUAGCAUACACUAAGGCAGAAGGGGUUGACGCAUAGCAUACACUAAGGCAGAAGGGGUUGAACCAUAGCAUACACUAAGGCAAAAGUUGUUGAACCAUAGCAUACACUAAGGCAGAAGGGGUUGAACCAUAGCAUACACUAAGGCAAAAGUUGUUGAACCAUAGCAUACACUAAGGCAGAAGGGGUUCAACCAUAGCAUACACUAAGGCAGAAGGGGUUGACGCAUAGCAUACACUAAGGCAGAAGGGGUUGAACCAUAGCAUACACUAAGGCAGAAGGGGUUGAACCAUAGCAUACACUAAGGCAGAAGGGGUUGAACCAUAGCAUACACUAAGGCAGAAGGGGUUGAACCAUAGCAUACACUAAGGUAGAAGGGGUUGAACCAUAGCAUACACUAAGGCAGAAGGGGUUGAACUUUAGCAUACACUAAGGUAGAAGGGAUGGAACCAUAGCAUACACUAAGGCAAAAGUUGUUGAACCAUAGCAUACACUAAGGCAGAAGGGGUUGAACCAUAGCAUACACUAAGGCAGAAGGGGUUGAACCAUAGCAUACACUAAGGUAGGAGGGGUUGAACCAUAGCAUUACACUAAGGCAGAAGGGGUUGAACCAUAGCAUACACUAAGGUAGAAGAAUAGGAACCAUAGCAUACACUAAGGUAGAAGGGGUUGAACCAUAGCAUACACUAAGGUAGAAGAAUAGGAACCAUAGCAUACACUAAGGCAGAAGGGGUUGAACCAUAGCAUACACUAAGGUAGAAGAAUAGGAACCAUAGCAUACACUAAGGUAGGAGGGGUUGAACCAUAGCAUUACACUAAGGUAGAAGGGGUUGAACCAUAGCAUUACACUAAGGUAGGAGGGGUUGAACCAUAGCAUUACACUAAGGCAGAAGGGGUUGAACCAUAGCAUACACUAAGGUAGAAGAAUAGGAACCAUAGCAUACACUAAGGUAGAAGGGGUUGAACUUUAGCAUACACUAAGGUAGAAGGGAGGGAACCAUAGCAUACACUAAGGUAGAAGGGAUGGAACCAUAGCAUACACUAAGGUAGAAGGAUUGGAACCAUAGCAUAAAUUAAUGAUGAAUGAUCGGUACGUUUAAAAAACAUUUAUUAAGGCUAAUAUCAAGUUAUCAGGUAAAGGAGACAUGAAAGAAUGAUUAUGGCUGCUUUGGGAUAAAUAUUUCUCCCACUCUAGAAAGGUAAAUCAAAAUGUUUAGCCAUGCUGGAAAUCCUUAUCUUGCCCACAUGCAAGAUAAAAAAGUACUUGUGGAAUUACUUUUUUAUUGUCAUCACGCAAUUACCAGUCUUGUUGAAGAAUGUCGUUCGUAGCACCAUGGAAAUCUUGUCUUGUGGCAAUAUUUUAAAUCCAAAUAAACCAUUUCUUGCUUUAAUUGGCACAAAAACAGUUUUCAAUCUGCAUUCAAGAAAUGAUGCUGCACUUUUCUCAGAACUAUUUAAAGAACCAUUUGACUAUUUACAUAUUUUGAAUCACUGCGCCCAUAUCUAUGAUAACCACAAAGUAUCACAUAGCUAUACGCUAUACGUGAAUUUUGUUCACUACUUAUAAAUAAUCUCCAUAAAAAAAUACAUAAUAACUUCAUUUUGUUUAACUGUGGUGGGAGAAAAAGCAUCUACCAUGGCUGUUGUGUGAGCCCGGUUUCUGCAAAACACCCUACGCUCCGGUUAGGAUGAACCUAUCCUACUUGAACAGCCAUGGAAAACACUUAUAAUCUUGCCCACGGGCAAAGAUAAGAUAUACCUGUAUGUUAGAAAUAAUUUAAAUACAUUUUAACUAUAUUUUGUUGAAAUGAGUUGGGAGAAAAAGCAUCUACCAUGGCCGCCUGUGUAAGAUAGGUUCAUUAAAACACUCACGCAGGGUUUCCAGGGGAAACUCGGUUAACAUGGUUUUCACAAAACACCCCAUGUUUGGGUUGGGAUGAACCUAUUAAACUAUUGAUCAUUCUUGGCCAUGGAAGAUAUUUAUAAUCCAUGUAGUGACUUUUGCUCAUGUUUCAUUCUGAUCGAGUGCCUAUAGAAACCAUGACUGGUGUGAGGAUAAAUGCAUUAUUCAUAUACUAUGUAUAUAUCAGUUUGUUAUAUAUUUGUUUUGUAAUUUUUAACUUUCGUCAGUUUAAGUCAUGUUUUACAGUAUUGACAAUCAUUCUUGCGCUCAUGACAGUUUCUUGUGUCCUUGUGACUGAUAAGCCUUGCAUUACAAUGAAUGGGGCAUGUUUUAUGUCGCCUAUAUAGUUAUUGCUCAGUAGUUUUGAAGAGGUUCAUGUAUAUAAUGUUAUGGACAUUUACUUGCAUAGAAUGUCAAUAUAAGCUUUGAUGAGCUCAACCAAAGCUAAAGAACUGCAGGAAAAUAACUAAACUAUUGCUGGGAGGAAUCUUUAAAUGGUAUGGGAAGUUCUUUGAAAAUGAAGAAAAGUCAGGAGUUUGAAGAACUGUUUGUGAAGGGAGAACAUGUUUGUAUCAAUUGUUUGCAAAAGUGAACUGUGUGUCUGUAUCAAUACUAUUCCUAGAAAUACUACAUUUCCAGCCAUAAGGCUGCUGUUCAGCUUUCAUUGAAGUUCCAUAAGACAAAAAAGUAGAUAAGAUGUCAUCUCUUGACACCCUGCCUCCUGAAGCAUAUUAUAUUCUUUUUUGAUUAUCAAUUAGGACAUGAUAUAUUUAAUUUUUAGAACUCACUACUCCAACUUGUAUUAGUUAAAUAUUGAUAUGAUUUCCAUGCUGAGACCAAAUUUAGCCGAGUCAAAUCCAUGUAUAUCUAAAACCAAGUAUUGAGGACUUGCCUGCCAUUCCUCAUGAACAUUAGGGUUUUACCUUUUCAAAUAUGUUUUAAGUUUAAAUCACAAUAUUCCUUAGUUGACAAAAACAUAUUCUUUAUCAUACAGAAGUUUAUGUUAAACCAGUCUAAAUCUUCAUCAAAUGAAAUCAAAUUUCUUAGUUCUUCAAGUGUUUUCUUUGCAUCUUGUAUACCUCAUUGCUUAAAACCUGUUUGUCAUUAAUUUCAUGCAUUCAUUAUGUUUAAAACCUGUCAUUAUUUCGCCAUGAAGCAGUAAUUUUGUCUGCUUCAGAAUCAGACAUGCAUUUUGUACCAUUGUUCAUGUGUGUACUCUUGUUAGAACUUUUUUCAUAUUCAUUGAGUUAUCUCCCAUGCUAUAUAACAUAAUGUGAAUUAUGGAUGUAUUCUUUGGCAAACUGCGAAAAUUACUUACCCUGGUGUAACCUGUGAUCAGUGCGAGAAGAGGAUAAUUGAGAUAUGCUGUGUUUUAGCAUGGACCAUAGUUAUCCCAAAAAUCUACCCAUUUUAGUUGUGUUUUAUUAAAAGCUCUAAAGAGCUUACUGGUAUGUUUAAAUGUUAAAUGUCUUGUGGAAUAGAUAUAUAUUUUUGUAUUGAAAAAGUAGUAUGACAGAAUUAAGUGUAAGCAUUAUUUUUAACUACAAUUCAGAUAUGUUUAUCAAAUGUAUAUGUAUAUAUCAUAUGAUGUAUAACACAUGGGCUUAUUAAAAGUUACGGGGUUAGUAGGUGACUGGAUAUGGGAUAUAAUAAAAUUAUUGAGCAAAGGAAACCAUUUUGAUUGAGAGAGGCGACAAUUACCUUUUAACAUUGAUCAAGACAUCAUCUCUUCUUGGAAAUGUUUCAUUUAUUCAUUGGAUUCAGAAAAUAGAUGCCAAUUUGACACGAUAUAAAGCUGCAUCAUUCAUGUAAGACGUGUGAUACAGGUAAAUAACUUGAACUAUGAUUGCUUGUCACCUCUCAUUUGUUUGGAUUUGUAAUGGACUUACCCCGGUAAGCAUUUUCAUACCCCCACCACUAGGUGUCGGGGGGGCUUUAUAGGAUUCACUUUGUCCUGUCCAUAUGUCCGUGUGUCUGUCCUGAGACAUUGGGACAACUCUACUUUUCUCCAUAUCUUUAUCAUAUGUUUUUGAGGUAUAAACUUCAAACUUCAUACGCAUAUUGACUGUAUUUAGGAAAAGUGCUGUGCAAAAGAAACAUUAUUUUGUGUAUGUUUUUUUAGAAUUAUUGCCCUUUCAUUAUUUUUACACUUUUUUGUUACUUCUCCCCAUUACUUAAUAUAUUUUUUAGGUAAACUCAAUUAAAAAUUGUGCUAUGCUUUUAAAAACUAAAAAGAAAAAAAAUCAUUCAAUGUACCUACAUCACUUAUUACAAGGAGGUAGUAUAGCUAGGGUAUUAAUCACAUCCUGUGAUAGCUCUAGUAUAUAAUGUUGUCAUUUCAGAAUCAGGCUAACUUUUGUUGUAGAGGAGUAUAUUUUAAGUAAGUUAUACUUUUUCGGUAAGAUUAAUUGUUAUUUGUGUAAAAUAGCUGUUACAUAUUUUAGUUAAUCAAGAUAACAUGAAUCAUACAUUUACACAACUAGCAUCUGAACUUUUAGCUUUUGAUUUUGUAGAUUUUAAACAGUUGAUUAUUUUAUAAGCUUGUCAAAAACAAUGCCCAAUGCCAAGUGUGUAAAUUGUUUGUUGUAUUGUUGAAUCAAAUAAA